AUGGAUGCUGAAUUCAAUGGAACAUUUAUAACUCUUGGUGGCUUUGUAGAAAUGGACAAAUACAGAUAUCUGUACUUUGUCAUCUUGUUGACAUUAUAUGUUCUCAUCCUCUUCUCUAAUUGCACCAUUAUAUAUCUAAUCUGCAUCCACAGGAACCUUCAUGAGCCUAUGUACAUUUUCAUUGCUGCCUUGUCACUCAACUCUCUUUUGUUUAGCACUGUUCUCUACCCUAAACUUUUAGUUGACGUCUUAUCUCAAAAACAGACGAUUUCUCAUUCUGCUUGUAUGUUUCAAUAUUUUCUUUAUUAUUCUUUCGGCGGUUCGGACUACUUACUGUUGUUAGCCAUGGCUUAUGACAGGUAUGUGUCUAUCUGCAAACCUCUGCAGUAUCCAACUAUCAUGGGGAAAAAAACUGUUAUUGUCCUCUUGAUUUUGGCCUGGUUUCUCCCUGCAUGCCAGUUUGUAAUUACUGUUGUAAUUAACUCCAAACAAAAACUUUGUAGUUUCACAACAGAGGGAAUUUUUUGUAACAAUCGAAUAUACAAGCUUCACUGUGUAACAUCACUAUUUCUUACAAUUUAUGGUUUGUUUAUCAUGAUGAUUGCUGUUGUUGUUCCUGUGAUUUUCAUCCUUUUUACAUACAUAAAGAUAUUUAUAAUAACGUAUUACAGUUGUGCAGAAGUCAGGAAAAAAGCUGCACAGACAUGUUUACCUCACCUGAUGGUUUUAUUCGGCAUAUUUGGUUUGUGUCUGUUUGACGUCAUCUUAGCUCGAGUGGAGUCAUACUUUCAAAAAACUGAGCGUUUAAUAAUGACUUUACAAAUACUUGUGUAUAAUCCUCUCUUCAAUCCAAUCAUAUAUGGAGUGAAAAUGAAGGAAAUCUCUAAACACAUCAAGAGAUUGUUUUGUCAACUGGUGAACAAAAGAAUAUGA